GCUGCUGGCAGCUACAGGAUGAAGUCGCCUCCCUGCUGCAUGUCUCUUUCUUCCCAAGCAUCCCUGGAGGAACCAGGGAGUAGCACAUCCCUGGGCUCCCUGGAGUCCAGUGUUUUCUCCAGUGAGGAAGAGCAGGGGCCCCUGCUCCAGAAGGUCAUUCCCUCCUUGGACUGCUUUACUAUCAAUGUAGGAGGCAGCCGCUUUGUGAUGUCCCAGCAAACUUUGUCUUGCUACCCUGACACCCGUCUUGGCAAACUGGCCGUAGUGGUCUCUGCUGCCCGGGAUGUGGCGCCUGGCCUCCUUGAGCUUUGUGAUGAUGCCAACCUUGUGGAGAAUGAAUAUUUCUUUGACCGGAGCUCACAGGCAUUUCACUACAUCCUGAAUUACUACCAGACAGGGAGGCUGCAUGUGAUGGAGCAGCUUUGUGCACUCUCCUUCCUGCAAGAGAUCCAGUACUGGGGUUUGGAUGAGCUCAGCAUUGAGUCCUGCUGCAGAGACCGGUACUUCAGGAGGAAGGAGCUGAGUGAAGCCUUAGACAUCAAGAAAGAUGCAGAAGAACUGGAUGCCCAAGAUGAGGAAGAGGACUUUUCUGGUAGCCUCUGUCCCAGUGUCAGACAGAAACUUUGGGAAGUUUUGGAAAAGCCUGGCUCCUCUGCAGCGGCCAGGACUUUCGGCACUCUAUCCAUGGCUUUUGUUGUUGUGUCUAUUGCCAACAUGGCUUUGAUUUCAGUAGAGCUAAGCUGGCUGGCACCACCGCUACUGGAUGCCCUAGAGUACCUGUGCAUUGCAUGGUUCACUGUGGAGUUUGUUCUGAGGUUCCUGUGUGCACGGGAUCGGUGUCGCUUCCUAAGGAGUGUGGCAAACAUCAUAGACCUCCUUGCUAUUUUGCCUUUCUACAUCACCCUGCUGGUGGAGAGCCUGUGUGGUGGGGAGAGCUCCCAAGAACUGGAGAACGUGGGGCGCAUUGUCCAAGUGCUGAGACUGCUCAGAGCCCUGCGGAUGCUGAAGCUGGGAAGACAUUCAACAGGCUUGCGGUCUCUUGGGAUGACUAUUGCACAGUGCUACGAGGAGGUUGGCCUUCUGCUGCUUUUCCUCUCUGUAGGAAUCUCUAUAUUUUCCACUGUGGAGUACUUUGUUGAGCAAGGCAUGCCAGGCACAACUUUCACAAGCGUACCUGGUGCUUGGUGGUGGGCAACAACUUCCAUGACAACUGUUGGUUAUGGUGACAUUAGACCAGACACUACCAUUGGUAAGGUAGUGGCCUUUAUGUGUAUACUAUCAGGAAUACUGGUUUUGGCUUUGCCAAUAGCUAUAAUAAAUGACCGAUUUUCUGCCUGUUACUUUACACUGAAGAUAAAAGAAGCUGCUCUUCGGCAGCGUGAAGCUUUAAAGAAACUCACAAAGAACUCAUCCAGUGACUCUAAUAUCAAUGUUAAUUUGCGAGACAUAUAUGCACGCAGCAUCAUGGACAUGUUACGGUUAAAAAGCAGAGAGAGGGCAAGUACAAGGAGCAGUGGAGCGGAUGAUUUUUGGUUUUGACUUUUAAGUUAUUUAGCCUUGUAUAGCAAAUAGACUACUUCAAAAAUAUAGUAUUAAGCAUCUCUCUUUUUGUUAUUCACCACAGUGUAUUUGCUUUCUCAGCUGGAGUUUUACUUACUUGGACAGACUGAGAUAAUCACUGUAUACAAAAGGCAGAAUUCAUAAUGUGGAGUCUCUCAAGGGGCUCUGAAACCUGCUUCCAGAACUGGAUCGUGGUGGGUGAGAGGGGAGUAAUGGGUCCAUCAAAGUAAAACAGUGAUGCAAACACUUGUCUAUGAACCUUAUGUCCUUGCUAAUGUAUAGUAAUAAAGUCUUAGCCAAAAUUG